AUGAACAACCCCGUCCCUGUUGUACAGUCUCAGCCGAGGCUUGCAGACUUGUUGACCAUCGAAACUUCCGCAUCGAUAUUCUACUCCUAUGCACGAGAGACCAAGCUCAGCGAGUUGUUCAACGACGAAAGGGCUCGGACUACGGUGCUUGUGCCUACCAACAAAGCCAUCAUGGCUUUAGCUCGGAAGCCACAUCAAGGACCAGCUCCUCCCGAGGAGGGCACGGUGAUAACUGAACAGGAGUAUGACGCACUCUCGAAGGAGAACGUUCUCCGUUGGGUCUCUGCGCAUAUCAUCCCGGAAUCACCCAUCGUCCUCGAAUCUGGCUCAUAUGACACCCUCUUGCCUGGCAAGUCUGUUAAGCUUGAGAAGAUCGAAGGGCAUACCGAACUGCCCGAUUGGGCGCGCAUAGUCCUGGACGGAAAUAUAAGGAUUUUGGACGAGAAACAGGCUAUCAACGGCGUGCUGUAUCUAGUCGACGGCACAGUCAAGGUUGACUGA